CUCUAGCAUGUCUGUACCCUGGUCGUGAAUGGAAGUCGUUGCCGCAUAGAAGCUCUUGUAAAUCUCAUAUUUUACACCGUGAUAAUGGUGAAGUACUGAAGGUUAAAUGCACUCUGCAUUAUUGUAAUCAGACUUUAAGCGGGACGGGCCUUGCACCAUGUCAUCCAACGAUCAGGAUUUUGACUUUGAUGAAUAUGACAAACCUGGUGCUGAGCGGUCACGCAGGCGGAGAGGUGAAAAUGAUGAUCUUGAGAGCGAUUUGGAAGAGGAUUUGUUGGAGGAGGAUUGGCUGUCGGGUAAAAAGAAUCCAUCAGAAGUGUCAGAUGAAGAGCUGAAUGAUGAUCUUCUCAGAAGUGAUGAUGAAGAAGUAGAUCUGAGUGGUCAGGAUAUCAGCCUUAAUGCCACAUACAGCACAUCCUAUGACCAGCAGGACAACUCACAGGAAGCAGACUACACAGAUGACGUUGUGAACCUGGGUGCAGAGGGCUGUGAAGAAGGGGAUGUGGAGGAGGCGGAGGAGUACCAGCAAGAGGAGGAAGAGACAUAUACAGAGGAAUACAGCCAAGAAGAUGGCACAGAGAUGUCUGAAGAACAAAUGGGUUACGCUGGAGAGCUAGCAGAGACUGACGAUGACUAUCAGGAUGGAGUGCUAAACAUCCAAAUCAAUGAGCCCAUUGAUGGUGAAUUUCAAGAUGAAGAAUACGAAACCCCUUAUGGUGAUGGGCCUCUUGAUGAAGAUGGAGCCCAGCAGGAGGAGGGCCCAGAGGAGGACACAGAGGAGGUAGAGGGAGAUCAGCAGAAUGAAGAAGACACCGCUGAAGGGACUCAAGUCUAUGACACAGAGGAGGGGGAACGCGAGGCUAUGCAAGAAGAAGAAGAAACAAGGGAAGAAUCGGACGAAGAAGAUGAGGAAGAUGAAAAGUCUGACCGCAUACGGUUCAAAUCUGAAAGAAAGGAAGGUGUUGUUGUGCGGCUGGCGGAUGCAGGCGGUAAAAGGAGGAACAUUCCUGAAACACUAGAACUGUCAGAGAAGGCCAAGCGAGAUUUGAUGGAAUUCGAGGAACAAGAACGGCGGAAGAAAGAAUAUCGUCACGGAGGUGGAGGUGGAGGUGGAGGCAGAGGCAGAGGUGGGGGACGAGGAGGCAGAGGAAGAGGAUGUUUCCCUGGGUUUGACGUCGGAGAAUUUAGGGCAGGAAACAGAGGACGAAUGAAUGACCAGAGAUUCCCCCCAAUGGGAAACAUGGGCAUGCAGCAGUCCUCCCGAAUGCUUCCUCCUCAUCAGCCUCAUCAGCAGCAGCUGCAUUCCCCGCAGCACCACCCAUCACGCCCAAGCGGACAUCCUCCCUACCAAGAUCAUGGGCGCCUACUUCCUCAGCAGCCCCUUCAGCCCCUCAUCCCUCCACACAUGGCUCAUCGCUCCCCGCCGCUUCGACCUCAGAUGGAUCCGCCACCACGACUGAUGAAUUCCCCACCACCCAACUUCCCUCCACAUCACCAGCAACAGCCUCCACAGCCCAAAAACAUCCACAUUAACCCCCACUUUAGAGGGCCUGCAACAUCCUCUGUUCAAGUGCCCUUGAUGCCUCCUGCUCAGAGCCAGCCCAGACCUGCUGUGGGUCCUCAGAGGUUCCCUGGACCGGGAGACUUCCAGCAGCACAUGCCUGGUAAUUUUGGUCAGCCCCAGCGGCCACCUCAUCUCAUGGAGCCCUUUAGGAACCAGCCACCUCAAGGCCCCCAGGACAGAGAACCCCUCUUUAUGGGAGAGCGCGCAGAUUCAACACGGUUUCCAGGGCAGCACAUGUUUGAUCACCAGGGCCCCAGCCCUCUGAUGAACAGCAGCAACAACCUCCACCAGCAGCAGCUGCCCGGUCAGGGCCACAUGGGCUUCAGCCCACCAGGACCAGGCUUCAAUCAGCCGAGCCAGGGCCCGCUUGGACUGUUUGCGAGAGAACCCCCGAGACCCAACAUCCCUCCCCACCAAACUCACCCGGGAAUGGUGAACUUAAAUCAACAAGGUGGACCCCCCAACCAACCCAGACCUUUCAUGGGCCCUCGUCAGCCGUUUGGCCAGCAGGGGAACCUUUUCCCUCCUCCACAAGUUCCAUUUGGGAUGCAGGUACGACUACGAGGCUUAAUGCACGGCCCUCCUGUCUCCCAGCUUCCACAUCACGACCCACUGCCAUCCCAUCAGCCCAUGCACCAGCAGCAGCAACACCAACACCAUAGGCAGGAUUUACCCCACCAUCAGCAGCCGCAAAUAAAUCUCAGCGAGUCUCGUUCCAUGAUGCACCAUGGCCAGAAUCUUUUUCAUCAUCAACAGGGGCAUGGCAACCCCAGGCAGAUGAAUCCCCGCCCUCAGAACCUCCAACAGCGCAACAUGUCCAGUAGGCAAAGAAUGAACACACCUGUCUCCAAGCAAAUGCAGCAGCGCAACAGCAACCUACGUGAGCUCCCUGUAGCACCUGGCAACACAAACAUGAACAGUGCCCGCCCUGCCGCCACCCCCGCCUCCCCCGCUGCCAACAUCAAGCCUGUUGCCAGGACAACACAGGGGAUGCGUCCCGGGCAGAACACUCAGCCGAUGCCUGACGGUGGCAAAGGAAGAGGCCAAGCUGUUGCAAAGACUGAAUCACAGCCUGAGGGAGCAGGCAGGACAGUUGUUCGCAAGGAAAUUCCAAGCACACCAUCCAGCGUGAAACCACAGGAUCCUGAUGAGGAUGAGGAGACGCGGCAGUAUCGUCUGAAGAUUGAGGAGCAGAAGCGUCUGAGAGAGGAGAUUCUAAAGAAGAAGGAGAUGCGGCGGCAGAUGCAGGCUGGUGUCAGGAAGAAGGAGCUGCUGGAAAGACUUAAUGCCCAGGCACCAAGCCAAGGCCCCACUACUACACAGGCUCAGCCUGAGCAGCCAAAUAAGCAAAUACCACACCCUGUACCUCCAGCACAGCAGCAACAGCAGCAGCAGCCACCAGAACAAAAACAGCAGCAGCAACUGCAACCACAACAGCAGAGACAGUUUGCUCAGAGAACACAACAAUCAGUAAAUCACACAUUAAAGACUGUCAUUCAAGAUAACGUCAUCCCUCCCAACAGUGCCGCUCAGACCCCUGUACCCCGUCCGAAUGUCAAGACACGCCUGCAGAUGGUAAAAGGCAGCACUCAACAGCAACAGACUGCUGUGCCUGUCAAAGACCAGCAAUGGAAGCAGUCCCAACACAAUCAACUGCAGCCAGUGCAGCAACGGAGGAACAGUGGUUUACAGAAUGUAAACAGAUCUGGUGCUCAGAUCCAGUCUGUUCAAGUUCCCCAAAGGAACGUACCUGUUACUCCUUCAGCGAAUCCGGCAAUGGCUCAAACUCAAGGACCUAAACUCGGGGCUAAAAGAACUGUGAUGCAGCGAGCAAAGAGUUUCGAAGGCCAGCAGGUACCGCAAAAAGUCAGAGUCGUCAAACUUUCAGGAGCGAGUGGAAAGGGGCCUGAGGUCACAAACGCCCCAAUGCAGGAACAAGGCACCUGGCCAGCAACUCCACUCAACCAGGGCGUCCAAAGGAAAGUUACCAUGACAGGACAGCAGCAACAGGGACCAGGUGGAACGUCGCAGGCUAGCCGCGGGGGCAUGGGCAACCCACAGCAAAACAGGGUUGUUGUGUCAGGCCGGGGCCGAGGUAGAGGGAGUGGUCAGAUGGGUCGUGGUCGUCCGAUGUCCACCAGACAGAGCCAAAGGACUGCUGAGAGUGAACGCUGCACUGUGUCCAUAGAGGGCCUCUCCUCAUCGACAACUGAUGAGCAGCUGAAGAACCUUCUGAGGUCCAUCGGCCCCAUAAAGACCUUCAAAAUGAUGCCCCAGCAGAGGAAAGCAAUUGCUACGUUUUCCAACCCUCAGCAUGCAGCAAGUUUCCAAAUGAGCUUCCACAGGCACAUGAUUGAUUUGUCCCACAUUGAUGUGUCGCUGAUUGAUGGAUGAGGAGCAUUAUAAAGCCAGCGAGUCCUGUUCACUUUCUCCCGACGCUGGAGCGUCUCAUGCGCAGCUCCAACCUGGUCUACAGAUAUUUCUUCAUCUCUCUGGGGUCACUAACGUUCAUCAUGUCUGCACGGAAGCAUCAUUCAUCAGUCGUCUCCCGUCAAGCUGGGACAGUGAACACAAGGACAUUAGCUGAGAGCAUGCCUGUGUUUGACUUUUUCUACCAAGUGUCUGUAGUUGUAAAAUGGCACUGGAGAGACACUGGACAGCUUCUCCAACUUUGAUGUAGUUUGUGAAGAGUGUUUGUUUUGCAUCUUACACGGACACUAAGUAGAGCUCAUCAUGAGAUAAUGGUUGCUCCCCUCCUUAGUAAGGUUCUUAAUGACAAACAACACUUGGACUCUGAUUCAAAUGUAACCACUUCAUAGUAAUUUUUUAUGUUAUUUGUGGUUUGCUGUUCGUGGAGGAGAUGCUUGUGCUAGAAUGUGGUCAGCCUGUUCAUUUGCAACCGCGGUGUUUCUCCCCCUCUGUAGAUGGCAGCAUUUCAUCACAAUUGGUGCUUCAGUCUUUCCCUCCCAGCCCUGCGUUCAGAUAGUUGUAAAGUCUGUUUUUUGGUCUCUGGCACUACCUAGUGGGGAUCCUGCAUACAGGCAGAGAGGUGACAUGGUUGUCACGAUGCAUUGAUGCAUAGCAGUGACCAAAGGCUGACUGGCAUAGGCUGUGAUUAAUUUUUUUGCUAAUUUUCCUGUGGUUUAAGGAAUUAUAAAUGUGUGCACUGUUGAGUAGAUUUCUGGUGCUUUUCAGUUUUAGUGUCGCUUAAUGGAUAAGAGUGAAAGUCCCCUCUCCGUGGCAUUUAAGUUAGUUGAUUAUUACUCAGAUUUUAACUGUUAACUAAAUUGCUUUGUGGAUGUACCUUUUCAUUUUAGUUGGAUGUCUGAUUCUGAAGUAGCUGGAUUUAGGUUUCGAGGCUGUGCCGAGUGUGCUGAUGUAGUGCGGAUGUAGAGAUGGUUUUUUUUGUUGUUGUUUUUUGUUUUUUUAAUGGUUCCAACUUAAAUGAACAUAAUGGGGUAUUUGAUGUAGUUGGUAGAUGGAAAAUAAUUAGUUUCGGUUGUCUUUAGGAUAAACUGGCAUUUCUGUGAAGUUCCUCGAGGAUAUAUUCCUUACUUUUCUCUGACAUUGGACCCAAGUUUGAGUGACUAUCAGCUGGUGCCUUAUUGAUCAGUAAGCUGCAUAGCUUAUGUAGAAUAGGAUUUAAGCAAUUUUUCUUCAUACAAGAGCAGUCGGUCUGGAUAAAGAAGGAAAUCUAAACAAAAUUCACCAUAAUACUUUGCCCUGGAAACUCAGAUAUAUUUUCCUAAAUAUUCUUAUAUCUCUUCUGUCAAUAUGACACAUCUUCAGCAUUUUUUGAGUAAUUCUGUGUGAUCCACUCUUGCACAGUGUCUAAUCAAUCACAUUAAUUUUUACUAAGCAUUUACCCUGGAUAGGGAAGUGGUGCCACAUUACUGAAAACCAUAAAUUCCCUAAAAGACUAAAUCAGUUCUGUUUUCUGGCUCUUUGAUUUUAUAAAACAUCAGACUUAAACAAAACGAAAUUCAUAAGUCAGGCCCAUUUUUCGUUAUUCAGAUUUUUUUUUUCCCCCCUCUAUAACACAAGUUUUUGUAUAUCUUAGGUGUAAAAUGCGUUAAAAGUAAUGCAGAUGAUUUUCCGCGGUAACUAAUAACUGAAAUUUGGAAGUGAAUUUUUUUUGUACAUUAUCCAAAGAAAUGUGACAGAGCAACGAGAGGGGGCAACCAUUACCCGUGAACCUUUCAUGUACAUAAAUCAGACGUUCACUUAAUAUUUAUCUCAUUAAAUCCUUUUGCGUUUACUCUUGUUGUAUCAGGAUAAACAGCUUUUAUAUGUAAAGGAUAUGCUGAUGUGUCCAGACAUAAGUCAUUUUACAAGCAAUUUGUUAAUAUUUUCAAACGAGGAAUGACUGGAACACAUUUCUGUUAAACAAUACAUUUGACAAAAACUUUGAGGUUUAAAAAAAAAAAAAGUGUAAAUAAAAAUAUGGCCAAUAUACCGUGAACACGCAGGUAUGUGAAGCCACUUGAACUUUAGCCCAAAGAUGUGUGGUUGUGUGUGAUGUCCAUGUGUCAUGUGCCUUUAUGAUGACGUAUUUUUUGUCAUCUGUGCCACAUUUCUACUCCUUUUGUACUUUAUCAUUCUGUAAUUUGGGAGGGGGGGUUAUGGUGUAAAUGUGGUUAAAAACUAUUUAUUAUCUUGGGAUGGAUCAGUUUUUUAAAAUAACUUUUGAUUUUGUAGGUUUUUUGGCCCCCAAAAAACCCCAAAACAAAACAGUAUUAUGGCAAGAAAUACUACCUCAGAGUUUAAGGGGAAUAUCACUGAGUUUAUUUUCUUAAAAAAGACAUUUUGGCCUGCAAAUUCAGCUGUGAUGUCAUCCUAGUGUCCAGCUCCAUAAAAUGAGAAAGAUAUAGUUACAUAGCUUCACUGGGUUGGUAGAGCAAAGUACCAUUUAAUGCGCAUAGUUGGGGGUUACAUUUGAGCCUUGUUUUUUUUUUUUUUUUUUUUUUUAACUUUCUGAAAAUCUGUUCCCGUCUGCGCCUCUAGGUGACACCACAGAUAAACCUUCCUGGUUUUGUGGUUUGAAAAAGGUGCACUAAUUGGCUUCUCUGUCCUGUCUGCAUGUGUUGAAUCACAUCACAAAUUUAGUGGUAUUUCCCUUAUGUUGCUUUUAGUUACUUAUAAUCCAGAAAGUUUUUAAAUAACCCGUCAGUACAUUAUCAGCAAGUAUCUGAUCUCUGACGUUCCUCCUCUUCACAUGAACAGUGAAGUUGUGCAGUUUAAAUUCUUUCUUUUUUUGUGUGUAUGAUGCAGAAAACUGGUUUCUUUAUGUUUUUAUUCUUUUUUUUUUUUUUUUUUUUUUUUGAGUUUUGGAGCUGUUUCUGUGUAUUGAUGGUUAUGUAUUUAUUGUCUUUGAUGUUGUGGGUUACUCACUCGAGUUUUAGUGCUUUCCUAAAUCCUUUGGAUUUGAAAAAGUAAUGGCGAUGCCAGGCCAUAGUGAUAUUAUUAUUAUUAUAAGACAUGAGGUCUUGUAACGCUAAAACAGAUUCAUAUUGAAUCUAUCUGUACCUUAAUUUGAAGAAUUACCUACAGAUGUGUACUGUGAAUUUUUAAAAGUGAUUAAUUUUCAUAGAAAAAAAAAAGGCUACUUAAGUUGUAGCAUGUUUUUCUAAACACACCACCUCAUAUGGUUGCAGCAGGUGUUUAAUAUAGAAGGGCCUGCUUGUCAGAUGUGAAUGCAGCUUUCUUAUGCUUGCAUAAGACCUUCAUAAAGGCUGCUAUUAAUUAUAGUGAGAAUAUUUAUACAUAUUUGCAUCAGAGGUUGAGUUCUGCACAACACUAACUUGACACUUUUUUUUUUAACAGGUUCAUUUUAGGUGCUGAGAUCUUUGGAGUGGCUGAAAUAAUCAUUUGAUUCUGUCUUUUUCUUCAGAUCAAAUCCCCGUACAGUGGAGCAGAGUGGCAGAUAUCUUCUUAAAAGCAAACUUAAGAGACCACACCAAAGGAUUAGCAUGUUUUAGUAAAUCAACAAACUUCAUUUGGGAGUGACCUGAAACUUAAAUAGGCUUGUUUAUAUUAAUGUGCCAAAGGUAGCCCCUGUUUAUACUGCUAAUGCAAUCAUCAGAGGCCUUUUCUGAAAAACUUAGCAGGUCAUUUAACAUCAUAUAACCUCAACCAGUUACUCAAAGCCUUGAGUUAAAAAAAAUAAUAAUCUGCAGCGUUACACAACAUUAAAUGUUUUCUAAGCAGGGAAUUCUUCAAGCUAAACAACCAUCUUUUUCUUUCUAUACAGUUAGUUGUUGCUCUUUGUUAGAAUUUACUCUCUGAUCCACCACAUUAAAAAUAAAUAACAUUGUUGUUAAAUGACCUGUGACUUUUUCAUUCAUUAAUACAGCAAGCUUAAAGUAGAAGUGUCAGACUAAGAGGCUGAGUUUAAAACAAAAAAAAAAAAAAAAGCAUGAAAACCCCUCUGGUGUGGUCCAACGCUUGCUCUCGUGGUGCUCUUGGUUUAAUCACACUUGGUGACCAGAUGGUGCGGUUGAGAUUUGUUUCACCUGAGGUGGCCACCAGUCAUCUCAGGUGUGAGUACAACAGAAUGACACCUGUGAUUAACAGAUAUUUUUCUUAAUUUUUUUUUUAUUUAUUAUAACAGCGCGCUGCUAAGAGGAGCAGUUGACCAGCUUAAACCAUGAUACUGCCUUAACUCAUUCGCUUAACACUUCACGUUCCUUCACAGCCUCGCCGUCUCCUGCUGUGGGCUGAAGAUUUAAUUUCACCAAUUCAACAGUUGUUGCAUUCAGGGUAUCGGGCCUGUCACCAUUUUCCUUACCGCUUCUCCUGCUAUCACUGUUCUUUCAACUUGACCAUAUCUCAUCGUUUCCUUCCUGCUGCUGUUCUUCAAUGAACUUAAAAUUUCUGUAUCAAGCAGGGUGGCCUGCCCGGAUUACCAUUGUUUGUUAGCCCAGUGGAUGGAGGUUUCCAUCUGUGUGACGACAGCCGGGUUCACUGAGCAGACACAUAAACUCUAAAGCAAGCUGCUUCAUGGCUUUCACUGCACCAAAGGUCAUUCCAGCUUCUUCACACUCACUGUUUGGUUGGAUUUUUAACAAAAAAGACACUGCACUGGUUUCCUCAUCUCGAACUGUAUGGUGCACCAAAUGACUGUAAAUCCAGCCUGUUGCGUUUUGACAAAAACCUUUGAAGACACCUUUGUUUUUCACACUCUUGUAUCAUAAGAAGGAAUCACAUUGUGUUGUUGGAUUAUUCUGAAAUGAUUGUGCAAUUUGUUCCGAUGCUGUAAAAUUGGAUUUUUCUAUAAUGGCACGAAGAUUUUUAAAGAUCUUUGAUAUUUUUCUUUAUGGAAAUGGAAGUUUUUUUUAAUAUUUGAUACCAGAAGCCGAUGGAAAAUAAAAAAGUUUGAUGCACUUUAA